AUGGGUUGCCCCAAAGCAACACCAGGCCAAACUUUGGCCUGGAGGUGGGGGCCUAUGAAGAAGCAGAUGUCAAGGAAGAGCUUUGUAGGACCCAGCGGCUCUUACAAUGUUCGAGCCAGUGAAUUGGCACGUGAUCGUCUCCUGAAAAGCAUCCAGUGCACCGUGAUAUUUCUUGAUGACACUCAGAAGGUUUUCGAGAUUGAAAAGAAGAGCAAGGGGCAAGUGCUUCUGGACAAAGUCUUCGACUACUUGGAACUCGUUGAGAAGGAUUACUUCGGACUUACAUUCUCAGACAAUGGGGGUCUUGCACCAGAGUGCAUGAGGUGGCUUGACCCACUCAAAUCGAUCCGGAAGCAGGUUGGAGGGAUGGAGCCUUGCACAUUUUACCUUCAAGUGAAAUUCUACGCUUCAGACCCAUCCCAACUUCAGGAAGAAUACACACGCUACCUUGUCUCCCUCCAAUUGCGGAAAAAUAUCCUAGACGGUCGCCUCCACGUCCCUCCAUGCCUUGGGGCUCUCCUUGCCAGCUACAUUGUCCAGGCUGAAUUGGGAGAUCAUAGCCUUGAGGAACAUGGUGACGGUUCAGGAUAUCUUCAUCAUCUCCGUCUUCUCCCCGACCAAAGUGAAGAUCUGGAAGCCAAGAUCUCGGAACUCCAUCGCCUACAUAAGGGUCUGACUCCAGCAGAUGCCGAGUAUCGGUUCCUGGAGAACGUCAAGCGCUUGGAGUUGUAUGGGGUGGACCUCCGUCCUGCCAGGGAUGCCAACAAUCUGGAGAUCUUCCUUGGUGUUACCUCCACUGGCCUGGUGGUGUUCCAGAAUUCCACACGGAUCAAUAUGUUCUCGUGGGCCAAGAUCAUCAAGCUGAGCUUCAAACGCAAGUAUUUCCUGAUGACGCUUCGUCGAGAGCUUGCAGAGGACUUCGAUUCGAUCCUUGUCUUCAAUCUCCUCACGUACCGUUCCUGCAAGAGUUUGUGGAAGAGCUGCGUGGAACACCACGGGUUUUUCCGUCUCCAGGCGCUUCCUCAGGGUGGAGUGAGGAAGCGCUUCCCGUUUCUCUUGGGGUCCAAGUUUCGCUACAGCGGCCGAACAGAGCAUCAGGCGGUGGAGGAAGGAAAGAGGAGGGCCAGGCUUAAUCGAUCAUUCGUCAGGGCCUCGAGUCGAACGUUCGUGCGGCAGACUACCGUGUCCAACGGGAGCGUGAACGCUGUGAGCUCAGGGACCAAUGGGAAUUCCUCAGGGAGUGCAUCAUAUUCACUGGUGAAGAAGGUGCAGAGCGUGGGAGGACAGGAGCCGAAGAGGGCGUGGGAAUCCAGCGGUUCUCCUUCCUCCCCUCCGCCUCCUUCCGUUCCUCCUGUGCCUGAAGAGUGA